AUAAUGCAGUUAUUAUGAGGUUAUUAUGCUGUGAUUCUACUGGUUCGGCCCACUUGAGAUCAAACUGAUGGACAGGAAUGAGUUUGGCACCCCUGCUUUCUAAUAAACUGCAUGUUAGUGCCGCGCACCACGGAGGUGGAUGUGUGUCCUGCAGCGGGUCCCUCCUCCUGCCUGCUGCCGCCGCCUCUGCGCUCUGACCCGGCCUCCUGUUGCCUCCUCUCAGCUGGAGCCUGGAGCUGCCUUCACCGCCUCUCCGCGCCUCGUUCGCUACUUUUGCUCAACUUUACUUCCAACCUUGUGUCGCUCCGAGCAUCACCGCUGCCGAGGCUUUUUGGGGGAAAACUUGCAGCUGCAAAAUGGACUGAGGCAGCAGAGUGUGGAUACUUUGGAAAAGACGCGUAUUUGGCCAUCGAGCGAAGGGUUGAAGUAACAUGAUGGAGGAGGACGACGGGCACCAGGAGAACGGGAUCCACGCCGCCAGGGACUCGGACCGACAACAACGGCUCAGGCUUUGUGUUUUAAAUGAAAUAGUCAACACCGAGAGGGAUUAUGUUCGGACGUUGCUUUUCCUCCAGUCGGCAUUUUUGGACAGGAUCCGACAAACUGCAGAGGACCAACAGUGUCUCUCACCUGAGCAUGUGAAGAUUCUGUUUUCAAAUAUUGAGGACAUCCUGGAGUUGCACAAAGAGGUGUUGUCUGCUGUGGAAACCAGUCUGCAGCCUGAACCCCAGCCUCAGCAUGCACUGGGACAUGUGUUCCUCCAGUUUAAAGAGAGUUUCUCAGUAUAUGGCGAGUACUGCAGUAAUCAUGAGAAGGCUCUACGUCUUCUCAUGGAACUAAACAAGAUCCCCAACAUCAGGACCUUCCUACUGCACUGUAUGCUACUUGGAGGGAAGAAAAGCACAGAUAUUCCCCUGGAGGGCUACCUUCUAACUCCAAUUCAGAGGAUCUGCAAGUAUCCUCUGCUGCUGAAGGAGCUGCUGAAGAGGACUCCUAAGAAGCAUGCAGAUUAUCCAGCAGUGGACGAGGCUUUGCAGGCCAUGAAGGCUGUCUGCUCCAACAUCAAUGAGACCAAGAGGCAGAUGGAGAUGCUGGAGGCUCUCGAACAGCUGCAGUCGCACAUUGAGGGCUGGGAGGGAACUAACCUGACAGACAUCUGCACAAAGUUGCUGCUACAUGGAAAUCUCCUUAAAAUCUCAGCGGGCAAUAUCCAAGAGCGCGUCUUCUUCCUCUUCGACAACCUUUUGGUUUACUGUAAAAGGAAGUCCAGGGUUUCUGGAAAGAAAUCCACCAAGAGGACCAAGUCUAUCAACGGGCCUCUCUAUGUGUUCAGAGGCCGAAUCAACACAGAGGUGAUGGAGGUGGAAAAUGUUGAAGAUGGAACAGCGGACUAUCACAGUAACAACUACACAGUGACUAAUGGCUGGAAGAUUCACAACACAGCUAAAAACAAGUGGUUUGUCUGCAUGGCCAAAAAUGCCGAGGACAAGCAGAAGUGGCUGGAUGCCAUCCUGAGGGAACGGGAGCAGAGAGAGAGUCUCAAACUGGGAAUGGAGCGGGAUGCCUAUGUGAUGAUUGCAGAAAAGGGGGAGAAGCUCUACCACAUGAUGAUGACCAAGAGUCGCCACCUCAUAAAGGACAGACGCAGGAAGCUCAGCAUCGUGCCCAAGUGCUUCAUGGGAAAUGAGUUUGUGUCAUGGCUGAUAGAGAGCGGGGAGAUCAGUAAACCUGACGAGGGGGUCAACCUGGGACAAGCAUUGCUGGAAAACGGCAUUAUUCACCAUGUGUCAGAUAAGCACCAGUUCAAGAAUGAGCAGGUGUUGUACCGUUUCCGCUACGAUGACGGCACCUACAAAGCUCGCAGUGAGAUGGAGGACAUCAUGUCGAAGGGCGUCAGGCUGUACUGCCGCCUUCACAGCCUUCACACGCCUGUCAUCAAAGACAGAGACCACCAUCUGAAAACCUUUAAAUCUGUGGUUCCUGCUAGCAAACUGGUGGACUGGCUGCUGUCACAGGGAGACUGCUCGACCCGAGAGGAUGCUGUGAUGCUGGGUGUGGGGCUCUGCAACAAUGGCUUCAUGCACCACGUCUUGGAGAAGAGCGAGUUUAAAGACGAGUCCCAGUUCUUCCGUUUCUAUGCAGACGAGGAAACUGAGGGAACCAGCACCAAGAGCAAGCAACUCCAGAGAAAUGACUUCAAACUCAUUGAGAACAUCUUAGCCAAAUCCCUCGUGAUUCACCCUGAGGAGGAAGACUACGGCUUUGAGAUUGAGGAGAAAAACAAGGCCAUUGUAGUGAAAUCUGUCACCAGAGGCUCACAUGCUGAGAUGGCUGGUCUGCAGGUGGGCAGGAAGAUCUUCACCAUCAACGAGGACCUGCUGUUCCUCAGGCCGUUCUCAGAGAUUGAAACCAUGAUUAACCAGGCCUUCUGCAUACGACGCUCCUUGCGACUGCUGGUUGCCACGAAGGCCAAGGAGAUUGUGAAGAUCCCUGACCACCCAGACAGCCUCUCCUUCAGACUCUGUGGCUCUGCCCCUCCUCAUGUCCACGCUGUCAGGAAAGGCUGGGAGGCAGCAGCAGCAGGUCUUCAGCCUGGUCAGGUUAUUUUGAAGGUCAACGGCAACAAUGUCAACCGCAGUGACCACCAAGAGGUCUUGGAGCACUUCACCGCCCAGCAAGAUCACCAGGAGCCUCUGCAAGCAUGUCACUGGGUGUAUCGUGCAUUUGAGGAUGUGGAGGAGCUACAAAGAGAGAGGGGUGCAGGUGAGAAGGAUGAGAGCCCCUUCAGACCUUAUCCAGUGGAGAACGGCUCUGACCAUGAGGAGGAGAACGGCACCAAUGGAACAGACUACAUGCUGGGCAGACUUUCCCUUUCCAGUGAGCUGCCUCUGGUUGGCCUGACGGUGGAUAACGUCCACCUGGAACACGGUGUAGUCUAUGAAUACGUGAGCACUGCUGGCAUCAAGAGUCACGUCCUGGAGAAGAUGGUUGAACCCAAAGGCUGCUUCAGCCUCACUGCUAAGAUCCUUGAGGCAUUCUCAGGUGAUGACAGCCUCUUUGUUCGCAACUGCAGCCAGCUCAUCUCCCAGAGUGAGCGAGUAGUUACCAUGCCACAGUACGAGUUCAGACAAAUCUGUGACACCAAGUUGGAGAGCAUCCGACGACGCAUCAGCAGCUAUCAGCAGUUUUCCCAGGAGCUGAGGAACAAAGUGUGGCCCUCCUUCCGGCCAGCUGGUGUUCGUCCUCACCCUCUGGGCUGCAUGGACUUCGUUCCCACUAACUGUCACAUCAACUUGAUGCAGGUCUCCUAUCCCAAAAGCACUACCUCUGCUGGCAGGACUUUCAGCAUCCGUUUUGGUCGCAAAAACUCCCUGUUUGGCCUGGAUGCAGACCAAGCUCAACUGAACCUCAUGUCCCACACUCUACACUGCAUGACGAGUAUGGGUGCACCCUCCUGGAGUUGCUCCGGUCUCGAUGGAGAGGACGCUGAUGCCAGUGGGGAGGUGACUGUGGACCGAGGUGAGGCCUUGACGGAGAGUCGCCGGAGUUGCCAUGGAGAAGGAGGGCUGAGUUUCCUGCUCAAACAGGAAGACACCGAGACACAGGACGCCUACAUUCACUUGUACAGCCGCCUGGAUGUUGCUGUGAGGGAAAUGAAGCAGUAUGUUGCUCAGAUAGAUGUCCUCUUGUCAUCUAUCACGGAGCCCACAGAGCUCCAGGGGGAGGGAGGGGAGCCUCCGGUCUAUGAGCCCAGCCAGCCUCCUUCUCUGGCCCCCUGCGAGGACGGCUGUGAUCAGGACAAAGUGGAGCAAGGUGGCAUUAAAAGAGUGUGCUUCAAGGUGAACGAGGAGGACCAGGAGGACUCUGGUCAUGACACAAUGAGCUACAGGGACUCCUACAGUGAAUGCAACAGCAACAGAGAUUCAGUCCUGUCCUACACCAGUGUGCGGAGUAAUAGCUCUUACCUGGGCAGUGAUGAGAUGGGAUCAGGGGAUGAGCUGCCGUGUGACAUGAGGAUUCCCUCUGACAAACAGGACAAGCUGCACGGCUGCCUCGAGCACCUCUUCAACCAGGUUGACUCAAUCAACAUCCUACUAAAAGGGCCUGUCAUGACCAAGGCCUGUGAGGAGACCAGGCACUUUUACUCCGACCACAGCCAACCAGAGUUUCGUCAGACAGAAGACUGGACUGUUCGUUGUCGUUAUAUUAUCCACAAAAACAUCCAGGAAGACCCUUGGAAUCUCCCCAACUCUAUCAAAACCCUGGUGGAGAGUCUGCAGAGAUUUGUAGAUGAUGGAAAGAACCAGCUUCUCCUGGCUCUGCUCAAGUGCACAGAUACGUCUCUGCAGCUGCGACGGGAUGUGAUCUUCUGCCAGGCGGCGACGGGUGCCCUGUGCACGCUGGCCGAGCAGCUGCUGAUGGCGCUGCGAUCGCGCUUCAACAAUGCCGGCGAGUACCAGGAAGACAGCAAAGAGACCAGCCGCAAGUGGCUGGAGCAGAUAUCCGUCAUUGGUGUUUUGCUGCACUUCCAGUCCACCCUAGCUCCGCACGUGAAAGAGGAGCGGACCAUGCUGGAGGACACCAAGGCAGCCCUGUUGGACUUGGACAAAGUCACUGUGUUCUUCAGGCCACUGGAGGAUGAGUGUCUAGUCGCAAACACACCGGUGUGUUACCAGGUGGAGGGCAGCCGACAGGCCUUGAGGGUCACCCUGUACCUGGACAGCUGUCACUUCAGUGAGCUGCCCAGUCGGCUGCAAAAUGGAGGCAGCCUCAAGCUCCACACUGUCCUCUUCACCAGGGCUCUGGAGCGUCCAGAGGGAGUGUCCCAGCAGGACUACGCUGCCAUGGAGGAGUUCCAGCAGCGCACCAACGCUGUCUCACUAGAGAAGGUCAAGGCCUACUACCGCAGACUCAGGGCUUUCUAUUUGGAGAAGUCUAAUCUCCCUACAGACUCAAAUACCACAGCAAUGAAGAUAGACCAGAUACUGGGCCUUGAAGUUAGAGACCUUCAACCAAGCGUUUCCAAACUGCUGCGACCCCUCAACACGCUGGACGACCUGUGCCGACUAAUGCAGUCCUACGUCAACGUGCGGCCGAGCGCCCAAGGCCACCCGUCGGGUGUCAGUGUGCUGUGUGUGUCCUCGGAGCUUUGUAACCGCCUGGGAGCCUGUCACAUCGCCAUGUGUGGUACAGGCAUGCAGAGAUGUACCCUAAGUGUGACACUGGAGCAGGCAGUGAUCCUCGCCACUAACCACGGCCUCAUGCCGCGCUGCAUCAUGCAGACCAUGGACAUAAUGCGUAAACAGGGUGCAAGAGUUGAGCUCUCUGCUAAAAAUCUCAAGGUAAUGGACCAGAUGCCUCCAUCAGCUCCAAGGCUCUUCAAGCUGUGUUUGCCACCCUCAGAUGGAGAACUCUAAAAAUAUCAUCACACCAUCACCUCAGAGAGCUCAUAAUAGAGAGAGUGAGAGCAGAAGUGGAAGAAGUGAUGGGAGAUGAUGAAAGCAAAGAGUCUCAUGUCUCCUCUAAGAGACCCUGCGGGUGUGAACAGCACAACAUGAGCGAAAAGGAGGAGGCCUCGUAGAGACCACGUCCACAGUGAUAAUGCUCACACCCAAGCUUGUAUUAAUAACUGGAUUAACCAAACUACCUGUAGCUGACUGUCAUCCUAAAUGCAGAUGUUGUCCGUUUUGCCUUGGACUGCAAACUGUCUUUUUCUCCGUUUGGGCUGGUGUUCCCCAGGGCUCGAUGUUCGGACCCCAAGCAAAGUAGAAUAUUCGAAUACCCUGGUGUUCAUGCAUGAUAGCUGACCGCGUAGAUGCAGAAAGUCAAAGAGCAGACAGAGAGAUGGAAGUAGGGAAUGAGGGACCGAUGAAAAGCUGAUGGGGAGGCUGUUUUCUUCUUCAGCCCGUUGCAUGUGGUUACUGUGCAAUUACUGUAGGUUUAGUGUGAGUACUGUAUUACUGCACUAUAUGAAGGAUAGUUAUUUAUUGUUUCCAGAAGGAGCGUCUUUAUCGCUUACUUAUACUAUAUCAGGUAUCAAAGAAUCUAAAAGCAUUCCAGCCUACAUAUUGAACAGUAUUUAAAGGACCAAUGGCAUGCCAUUUUUAGAUAUAACUGCUCAUGUUUGCAUUUUAUUUAUGUGUUUGGAAUACGUCAGGAAGUGUUACAUUAAUCUUCAGGGAGUGCAAGGGAUGGAUGAACUGAAGCUAGCUAAUCAGAAUCAGGACAAAGGAAGCUAAAACAAACUAUACAAGGCUGUUUGGUAGCAAGCAGCAAAGUCAGCAGGUGGUGAUAUGGAAUCACUGUUAAAUUAUUAAUAUAUUAAUUCAAAUGUACUAGUUGAAGGAUUGCCUUCUGUUAACUAAGACAUCAUUUGAUUUUUAAAUUGACUUUUAUGUUGUCUUGAAGCUGUUGUAUUUUGCUGUAGGUAUUAAAAAAGAAAGCACAAUGAUCGAUCCAUUCAGUGUUAGCAAAAAGUACUGUAAGCCGUUUGAUGUAAACAAAGGGAUUGUUUGAUGACUGAAACACAGUAACAUUAGUGUACUGAAGAUUUCAUUUUCUUGUACAUACAGACUGUAACAAUGUCAGAGGAAACGAUAGGACAUGUAUUACAGCAGCAGAGUAAUGUUUUAAAUUAAAUUGGUUUAUUUUUAUGAAGAUAAUAUAGUAUAUAAAACAUUUUGUAUUUGUGACUGUGCAUUUGAAGAGAAGCUGCUUCUCUUUCCUGAGUGUAACCUCACUGACAACUUGUUUUGGACUGUUGAAAAUGUCAAACAUGCAUUUCAAGAACCUCUCUUGACAUGCUGCAUUCAUUCAGCAGGUCACUUAGUUCUUUUUAUUUAUUUAAAAGCAGCCUGGUUCCAAAUGAGCAUUCUGAAAUAGUAGUAGCAUGACCACUUCAAAUUUACAGUUGGCAUAGAGGACUCGUGGUUAUUUGCAUUAUCAUCACUUCCUGUAUCAAAUUUGCUCCUAUCCUGAGCAUGUAAAUAGUAUGACUGCCCAAUGCAGCAUUACUUACUAUAAUCUGGUCUUAAGUGUGCCUGUUGCCAGUUCGGAGUAGCUAAUGACUGCAGCAUGUUGGUGUAGCUGGACAAAUACAUCACUGAUUAGACAGUUAUUUACAUUAUUCUAAUGUUUCAUUGUUGUACAUAGUUUAUCUGCAAUUUAAUGUUGCUUUAAAAUAACUGUACAAAGGAUUUUUGUUGAUCUUUCUAAAAUGAUUAUUGUAAAUGGAAUCUUAACAAGCUAGUAAAUAAAAUGUUCUCAGUAUGACAAUGUU